CCUAAGCUUGGUUUGGUUUGCAGAGAGUGAAAAUUCAGAAACAGAGGCAUGGCUUCGUGUACAACACCACCUUCGCUUAUGCUGGCUCAUCCACAAGACCUAUCUUCUUCUCUUCGCUUCUUCUCUCACAGUCAGAGACCUCUUUCUAGAACAUUCUCCUUUUGUCCUCUCGUAUUGAAGUCCUCUUCCAAGUGGGUCAGGUUCAGUUUCCGAGCAGAGCCCAAAUCCAGGACUAGCCAUGCCGUUGUCGCCGCUUUGGCUGCCGAAGUUGAACUGGCUGAAACGGUCGACGACACGGCGGAUGGAGUCGAUGGGUCCGCCCCCACCGACGCUGUGGCCACCGUCAAGCCUAAGAAAGGCAAGGCUGCAUUGCCUCUCAAGAGGGACAGGUCAAGGUCUAAGAGGUUCUUGGAAAUUCAACAAUUGAGGGAGCGUAAGAAAGAGUAUGACUUGAAGACAGCAAUAUCUUUGGUUAAACAAACAGCUAAAACCAAGUUUGUUGAAACAGUAGAAGCGCAUUUCCGCCUCAACAUUGACCCUAAAUAUAACGACCAACAGCUAAGAGCAACAGUAAAUCUGCCCAAGGGAACUGGAAAACCGGUUAAAGUGGCUGUUCUCACUCAAGGUGAAAAAUUCGAUGAGGCAAAAAAUGCAGGAGCUGAUUUGGUGGGUGGAGAGGACCUUAUAGAACAGAUAAAAGGAGGAUUCAUGGAGUUUGAUAAACUGAUUGCUUCUCCGGAUAUGAUGCCUAAGGUUGCUAGCCUAGGGAAGAUUCUGGGGCCAAGAGGACUGAUGCCAAACCCAAAAGCUGGCACUGUAACACCUAAUAUUCCUCAGGCUAUAGCAGAAUUCAAGCAGGGAAAAGUUGAAUACAGGGCAGAUAAAACUGGAAUCGUCCACUUACCUUUUGGAAAAGCUGACUUUACAGAAGAGGAUCUUCUUGUAAACUUGCUUGCUGCUGUGAAAUCAGUAGAGACAAACAAACCUUCAGGUGCUAAAGGUGUGUACUGGAAAAGUGCCCACAUAUGCUCAUCCAUGGGGCCUUCAGUCAAGUUAAAUAUCAGGGAGAUGCUUGAUUACAGACCUCCAUCAGAAUAGAACCUUUACUUGUAAAUGCUCUGUUGAGUUCAGUCGGCCAUCCCGGGUCCAUUGUGAGAUAUUGUCAAAUAUUUAAUGAAAGAUGUUACCAAAGUUACAUCUGGGGAUGAACAGGGGAUGUAUGACACUCUGGUGCUUAUGUCUCUUCCAAAUGUUUGCACACUACAUUACAUAAUCUUUGACCCCCGGCUGAGGAUUUUCCUUGCAUUACUUUGUAACUAACACCAGACAUCUAAUUAUAUUUCCUUUCAUGGGAAUAAAUUUUCAUCUUAUGUUUGAUUAUUAGGUAUUCUACUCUUCAACAUCCUGUGAUCGUUGUACUCAUUACAACUGGAAUGACAUAAUAUGGCCCAGGAAACCAUUUACAGGGUUA